UGCGCAUGCGCUCUGGCAGCCCCAUUCGCCGAGAGUCCCAAGCUCGUGCUGUGUGUGAGUGAAUUAUUACGGCGUGAGUAGGGGGAGCCACGACCAAACAACAUGGCAUUGCAACAAAGUGGAACCUAGCCGAACCCCGGGGAAAGUGUCGAGGAAACCCUCCGAAAACGCUCGUUCCUUUUGUCCUGUACGCUUUACUUUCCCCCUCCGAUAGAUGGUAUCCAGCGAGCCGUCCCUGGCAGUGGAAGAAGACUACUUCUCGAAUAAUAUGAAGGAGAUGAUUGGAGGCUGUUGCGUUUGCUCAGACGAGAGAGGUUGGGCUGAGAAUCCACUGGUUUACUGUGACGGGCAUGGCUGCAAUGUCGCUGUUCACCAAGCAUGUUAUGGCAUUGUUCAAGUCCCUACUGGCCCCUGGUUUUGCAGAAAAUGUGAAUCUCAGGAGAGAGCAGCUAGGGUGAGGUGUGAACUCUGUCCCCAUAAGGAUGGUGCCCUCAAGAGGACCGACAAUGGAGGUUGGGCCCAUGUUGUUUGUGCAUUAUACAUUCCUGAAGUGGAGUUCGCAAACGUUUCCACCAUGGAGCCUAUUGUGUUGCAGUCUGUUCCCCACGAGCGAUACAACAAGACAUGCUACAUUUGUGAAGAACAGGGGAGAGAAAGCAAAGCUGCAACAGGAGCAUGUAUGAAUUGCAACAAACAUGGGUGUAGACAGGCUUUUCAUGUAACAUGCGCACAGUUUGCUGGGCUGCUUUGUGAGGAACAAGGCUCAGAUGCAGACAAUGUGAAGUACUGUGGCUACUGCAAGUACCAUUACAGCAAACUGAGAAGGAGCAAAGGCCGCUGUAGUAGGGCUCAAAGCUUAAGUGAUUCUUCAUCACAGUCUUUGGAUAAGCAUCAUGUCAAGGACAAAAAGAAACAUAAAGAGAGGGACAAACAUAAACCAAAGCACAAAAAGACAAUAGAACCUUCACCUGUACUUGUUCCAACUUUGACUGUAACAACAGAGAAGACCUACACCAGCAGCAGCGGCGGCAGCGGCGGCGGAGGCUCUGUGCCAAACUCCCUGAAGAGGCUGGACGACACCGCGGCUCGGUUCACGAACGCCAACUUCCAGGAAGUCCCGGCCCACGCCGUGGGCGGCAAAGAUGGCGGUGCCGCCGCCGCCGAGGGCAAGGGGUCGGAGGGCAAAGGGAAAAGGACGGCCGGCCACAGCUCGGGCCAAAGGGGGCGGAAGGCUGCCAGCGGCAAGCCCCCCAUCAGCGUGACGGUCACUGCGGCAACCUCCACCAGCCCCUUUCAGCAAGGCAGCCUUCUGGGGACUCCGAGCAGCGGCAAAAGCGCUUCGGCCAGCGCAGUGCAGUCUCCCCAGGAAUUUCCGAGCUUCGCAGAAUCCGAUCUGCGGAAUGACAGCUACGCUCAUUCCCAGCAGCCGUCGUUCACGAGGGCUCCGUCUAAAGGAGAGUCUGCCGGUCAGGAAGGGGGUUUAAACGCUUUCAGCUCUCUAAUGGCCCUCCCGUCUGUGUCCUCUGGGGCUGCGCAGGCUAAAAGCUACGAGAACUCUCAGGGAGACUUAAGUGGCCCAGCUGGCCUUGCCCCAGCGGGGUAUAAACGCCCCCAGCCUUCCCUGGGAGCGGUGGAGGAGGACGACGCCGUGAAGGGGAAAAAGCGCCGGGGGAACUGGAGGAACAAGUACGGGCCGGGGAGGUCCCGCGGGAACAAGGCCCAGGAGGCCAUCUGUCACCUGCCUGCGUCCUCGGCCUCGCCCGCCUCCUCCGUGGCCUCGGGAGCCGGCAGCGUCACUGGUACAGGCGCUGGCGGCGGCGGCAGCGCCAACACGACCAACGGGACCAGCACCCAGAAAUCGCCCACUCUCCUCAGGAAUGGAAGUUUACAAAACCUGAGCGUCAGCUCCUCCCCUGCCGGUCCAGGUGCCUUCCCCAGCGGCGAUGUCCUGGUGUCCCUGCCCAGCGCGGUGUCGGCCUCCAGCUGCAGCACCCCUCUGCGUAGUUCCGAGUUACCUCAGCAGACCAGGGCGCCGCCGCCGCCGCCCGCCGCCCCCUCACUGCUUCUCCCUCCCACGGCGACCCCCCUCUCCAGCGUGGUGUGCACUCAGGCAAAUGCGUUACCUGGCUCCUCCUUUAAUCUGGCUCCAUCUCACAUGUUUGGGAACCGUCUGAAUCCAAACUCCGCCAUGGCAGCCCUUAUAGCCCAGUCAGAGAACAGCCCAGCAGGUGAGGCCGGCCUGUCAGAAACACCUAACACAUGCGCGGACACACACAGGCAGGCACACACACAUACAUGUGUCCAUCAGCAGGAACUUGACCGCAAUAUUUUUAUAAGCUGCUUUGCCUUGUCUCUCACUGGAAAAAAAAAAAAAAAGACUCCAAAGACGGUGAAGCAUAUCCACCCUCUUUUUUUUUUUCAAUCCAGAAAUGCCCAUCCUUUCAGCGGCAGCUCUCCGGCGAGCGGACUGCAGAUCCGCUAUGAUCAGUCAGGCGGCGGCGGCGGCGGCGGCGUGGAGAAUGUGCCUCCGGUGGCGACCAGCAUUGAGCAGCUGCUGGAGAGGCAGUGGAGUGAAGGGCAGCAGUUCCUGUUCCAGCAAGGCACGCCAGGAGACAUCCUGGGAAUGCUGAAAUCCCUGCACCAGCUGCAGGUGGAGAACCGCCGGCUGGAGGAGCAGAUCAAGACCCUGACGGUGAAGAAGGAGCGGCUGCAGCUCUUGAGCGCCCAGCUGUCCGUGCCCUUCCCCAGCGCGGCCCCCAGCCCUGGCACCCCCCCGCAGCUGCCCCCGCUCGCCGCCACCGCCGCCGCCGCCCCCCCGCCCGAUGUGUUGAGCAGCAGAAAAAGCCCACAGCUCAGCAGCAGUUAUUUGCCAGACAGCUCCCUUCCUUUAACAAUCCAGGUAAAUCAAUCUGUCCUUUUUCUCGCUCAAGCGGUCCAGCAGGUCAACGGAGUGACGGUGGGGACGCUGGCCGGCGGCAUGCAGACUGUGACGUCCACCAUCCCCGCCAUGCCAGGCGUCACCGGACUGAUAGGAGCCAUUCAGGGAGGCCAGCUGGCCAUGAAUGGGAUCGUCGGAGCAGUGGGAGCCCUGAAUGGCGUCAUCCAGACUCCUCCAUCCAUAACACAGAACCCCAGCUCCCUGCCCCACGCCGCAGUGCCUCCCAACGUGUCCCUCCCCAUCCCCAGCACGCUCAACAACAGCGCACCCGGCCUGGGGCUCCUCUCGGACCAGCAGAGACAGCUCCUACUUCACCAGCACCAGCUCCAGCAGCUCCUCUCCUCCCAGCAGCCCAUCCCGGAGCAGCACCAGGCUCUUCUGUACCAACUGAUGCAACACCAGCAGCAGCAGCAGCACCACCACCACCAUCACCACCAACACCAGCAGCAGCAGCAGCAUCACGAGCUCCAGCAGCUCCAGCUCUCCGCCGCUGCCCAGCUGCCCAUGAACAGCCUGCUUCCCACAGCGCAGGGCGCCAUCACAGCCAACCCCUUCCUGGCCAUGCACGCUGACCCAGCUGCACAGAAAACUCCUCGACUAACAGAAAAAACUGGACCCGUUGUACAGGAGAAGAGUUGAUGGAGGAUUUCACUGUACUUGCAAUAGGAUAGCAUUUCAUCAGCCUAUCUCUCAACAUGGAAUGAAAUAUCUGAAGAAAACUAGAUGCAGUUCUUGAAAGAGAAGAAAAAGUUACCUGGCUUUAUGUACCAUUCCUUAAAGUCAAUGGACGUAAAACUCAGAUGUUGCUUUCUUGCACUAAAUUGGAAUUAAUCAUUUUAAAUACUUCAGGGACUGCAAAGAGAAUAUCUACAAAACAUGUUUUUAAAUAGAUCAGUUCAUUUUUUUUCUCUCAAGGAACUGGAUAGCUUUUCCUCAGCUAGUAUUUAAUAUGGAACUGUGAUGGGUCUUUGACAUAAUUAGUGCUUGUUAUAGUGUUUGACAUGUGCGUGUGAGAGUCCUGAACUGUGUCAACUGGUGCUUUUACUUUGCCACUCUUUCUAAGGUAUGAUGGUUCAAAGGCUUUACCUUUGCUUAAAGAACAAGUAGUGAAAAAAUAGAUGUGAGUACUGUGCAACGUCAUGUAUCUGACUCACUAGGGACCGUGGAUCAGAGACACGUGUGAAAAGGUAGGAGAAUUGUAUUGGGAAAGAGAUGACUUACAGAUUGAUUUCCAUGUAAAAUUAAAGUAUAAACCUCCUUAAAGGAGGGGGGAAAGGCUUUAUUUUCACCACCGGGUGAAACAAUAAGAAUACAUUGUUGUUUACAAUGUAAAAGUCAAAAUAAAAAGGUGGUUCGAUGGAACACUGACUACAUCCAUUCAGGCCUUGUAUUCAGUGGUUUAACUCGGAGAGAGAAGUCUUGAGAAAUUUUUCCAUUUAAACAUUGCCCGCGUCUGCUGUCCAGUCAACAGGCUUCUGUUGUGCUGGCUCCACCUCAGAAUUCCCUUCCGACGACUCUGGAAAUUGUUGGUUUGCAUCUGUUUGCGUUGUUGGUUGCGAAGUCACUCGGAGGCGCAAUCCCAGUAUUCCCGACGGUGCGCUUCUUGCAGCUUUGUUUUCUUCAGUUACAAAAUAAGGUUAAUCAAUCUGCUGUCUCUUUCCUCCUCGUUACUUAGACGUUGCCCCUCUACUGGGCUUCUCCAAGUGAAUAAUUCAGGAUGGUUAUGCGGUGGUCAGAUGUGGGGCGUUGUACUUUACUCCAUGCUAGCCUGUAAACGUAUGUGCUUUGGAGACUCAAGACUGGGCAAAGUCGGUUGUAUAGAUUUUCAGUUUACAGGGUUCUAAACAGGCGGUAGCCUAAGAGCUUGGAGUGGAUACAUGCUCCGUGGCUUUUAAAGGAUCACUCUUUAUGGCCUUAGGUUCUGUAGGUUUCUAAAGAGUUGGGGUAGCUGCUAGUAAACAAAAGUAGAAAAGAUGGAUUUACUAUUGUUAGGGAGUGUUCCUUUGAGAGUAGUGGAAGCUAUCGAAUCUCAGCCCAAGUGCCUGUUGCUAAGUCCAUUGUUCACAGAAUAGCUCAGGGGCUCUGGAUAUUUUAGCCUGCACUCAGUCGCAAUUCCUGUCAUAGCAAUGUUCCACUAUACCAGCAGCCAGUAAUGAAUUCAUAUCAAUCACUCUGAAUAUACUCAGGCGAUAUGAGAAAUCAUAACCAGGUUGAUAUUUACUUUGCCUCUGUCCAUAGACUAAAACCCUCUGAGAAUGAGUCUGUUGAAUCUUUUACAAUGUUACUGCAUUUCUGAAUAUUGAAGAAAACAAUUUUUGCUUUAUAAUUUAUUAACGUUUUGUAAAACAAGUGCAAGACCACAUUUUGUCUGACCUAUUCGUUCUUGAGAAGCAAAGGGUCUUUUCUACUACUGUACAGUUGUGUUCAAACAAAUGUAAAGCUUGGGUUAUCUUGUACCAUACAUUUAGCAAAUUUCUAAUAAUGACAAAAUAUAUUUCCUAGGUGGAAACAAAAACUACUUAAAGUUACAAAUCGUAACCUUGAGAAGUCCCUUAAACUAUAUCACUGUAAAUAUUUUUUUCCCCACUGUGUACAGAGCUAAGGAAACAUUUUGGGUUAUGGAUAAAACCUUAAAAGGUUUGAAUUGCACAGUUUUACCUCGUUUCUGUAUAUAAGUGUAUGUGAUUCUCAUUGGUGUUGUGAAGAGGUCUAAAUGCAACCUCAAUUUUUGCUUUAAAAUAUUUCUAUCAGCUAUGUGAGCAAUGACUGGACACAAAGUAUUAAUUUAUUUUUAUAUAUGCAGGGAAAUUUUAGAAGCUGUGGCACCAUUUUUUCUGGAAUCAAAAUAGUGUGCGUUGUUUUGUAUUACUUUUAGCCCAUAGAUUCUCAGUUGUAUAUCGAUUUUUGUACAGCAUUUGAAAAUUCUCAAGGGUUUAUAUUUCACUAAAAACACCAAAACGUUUUUUUAAAAAAGCUCUUUGUAAAUGCUGUUGAUUUAUAUUGCGUUUGUAGUGAGAACCCUUUGUUAAAUAUUGAAAUUAUGUAGUGUUAAGCAGUUGUUCCAAAUUUAUAAAUUAAAAACAUGUUUUGUCUAUUUAACUGUGUGAUUAUAAAGUCCUUCUACCUCU